ACGGUGGGUGACAGUGAAGAGGAGGAGGAGGAAGGCGGUGGACGUACGCGCGUUGUCCUGCUGAAUUAAGCGAUCAUGGCCGCGCCUGGAGGUCCGCGGCGGUGCUGAGUGGACAUGGAGUGACGUGCGAGUGUCUGAACGUUAAAUGCGAGAUGGGGAAUUGUUUUAGCAGCAGCGGCGGCGGGGGGAAGAAGGAAACCGCUGCGGACACCCGAGGCAUCACCCAACAGAACAACCUCUUCCAGGAGCAGGUGCCAACACCGCCGCUCACCAGCCCACAGAACAAUGACCUCAGCAACACCUCCAGGGUACCGGCCGACAUUCAGGGGCAACGCCCCGUCAACGGCCUCAACACCCUGCCUUCCCCGCCAGACCCUGAGGGAACGGCGUCCACCUCAAAGAUCUUCGUUGCGCUCUACGACUACGACGCGCGGACGGACGAAGACCUGAGCUUCCGCAAGGGGGAGCACCUGGAGAUCCUGAACGACACACAGGGAGACUGGUGGUUCGCGCGCUCCAAGGCCACCAAACAGGAAGGCUACAUCCCCUCUAACUAUGUGGCCAAGCUGAAGAGUAUAGAGGCUGAGCCAUGGUACUUUGGGCGGAUCAAGAGGAUAGAGGCGGAGAAGAAGCUGUUAUUGCCGGAGAACGAACACGGGGCCUUCUUGAUACGUGACUCGGAGAGCAGAAGAAACGACUACUCUCUCUCGGUGCGGGACGGGGACACGGUGAAGCACUACAGGAUCCGCCAACUGGACGAGGGCGGGUUCUUCAUCGCGCGCCGCACCACCUUCCGCACACUGCAGGAGCUGGUCGAGCACUACACCAAGGACGCCGACGGGCUCUGCGUCAACCUCAGGAAGGCUUGCAUACAGAUUGAGAAGCCAGUCACAGCGGGUCUGUCCCACAACACACGUGACCAGUGGGAGAUCGACCGCUCGUCACUCAAGUUUGUGCGCAAGCUUGGCCAUGGACAGUUUGGUGAGGUGUGGGAGGGCCUCUGGAACAACACUACACCUGUUGCCAUCAAAACACUCAAGCCUGGCACAAUGGACCCCAAGGACUUCCUGGCCGAGGCGCAGAUCAUGAAGAAGCUGCGGCACCCCAAGUUGAUCCAGCUGUACGCCGUGUGCACGCUGGAGGAGCCCAUCUACAUCAUCACCGAGCUCAUGAAGAACGGCUCACUCCUAGAAUACCUGCAGGGUAAGGGGCGAACUCUGAAGCUGAACAGCCUGAUCGACAUGGCGGCCCAGAUAGCGGCGGGCAUGGCGUACCUCGAGUCGCAGAACUACAUCCACCGGGACCUGGCGGCGCGGAAUGUCCUCGUCGGGGACAACAACAUCGUCAAGAUCGCUGACUUUGGCCUGGCGAGACUCAUCAAGGAGGAUGAGUACGAGGCGCGGGUGGGUGCCCGCUUCCCCAUCAAGUGGACUGCUCCUGAGGCGGCCAACUACUCAAAGUUCUCCAUCAAGAGUGACGUCUGGUCCUUCGGCAUCCUGCUUACCGAACUCAUCACCUACGGCCGCAUACCCUACCCUGGCAUGACCAACGCUGAGGUGCUGCAUCAGGUGGAGCACGGCUACCGCAUGCCUCCCCCUCCGGGCUGCCCCUCGCCCCUAUAUGACAUCAUGGUGGAGUGCUGGCAUAAGGACCCCAUGAAGAGGCCAACCUUCGAGACACUCACAUGGAAGCUUGAGGACUUCUUCACCAUCGAGAAUUCUGAAUACAAGGAGGCGUCGGUGGCCUACUGACCCUCAGUGAUGAAGCCCAGAGCCGGGGGCUGUCCUGACACCGAGCUGUACCCUGCCUUCACCUAGCGUCACUGCCAGACCUUGCAUGCACGGUAAGACCACAGCUUCUUUGUUACCCUGCCUCUGCCGGUACGCUGGAGUGUGUGGUGUGUACGUGAUGGAGGUGGUGUGUCGUGGAAAUGUCACACGCUCGGGUCAUAUCAGUCUGAACUCUUGGCGUGGGCUUGAUCAUGUUGGCGAAGUCACAGGUGAAUGGACUCACACUUUGAGCAGGUGCAUUAUGGAAUGGGUCAAGAAAAUAUAUUGUCCUCAUGAAGAAUAUUAUACUCGUGUUCAUUUAAAAUGGAUGUGGAGAUAUUUAAAAGCUGCCAGUGUUGUUUUAUAAAUUAACAUGGUGAGUCUUCUCCAACUACUGCCACACAGAGUGAAGUCUGCACGUGGAAGUAGAUAGAGAGGCAGCUAUGGGAAAGAAAACCAGUGGAAAAAGACAAUCAAUGAGCAAGACUUUACAACAGCUCCUCUCUGUAACUGAAAACCUGUACACACAUCUGUCAUGUAAGAGUCAACGUCAUAUGUUGAAAUGUUUUGGUAGUAAGAGUUGGGCCGGAGGUGGUGGCAGGGUUGCUGCCACCUUCUUGCCUUGAACAUUGUGGAAAGUCACAUCACAUGAUGAAGCUUUGAAACCAUUUUAUAGUGAUAGACUUGGAGAAGAGCAGCACAUCACAUUUUGCACCAGACCAUUGUCUUAGUGAUGGAGUUCUAUUGAAAACUGUGAAGUGAAGGAGAGGACAUAAUGUUUCUUGAGUGUAAUGGUAUUUAAUAUUUAAUCGCAGGUCAAAUGGAAAACUGCUACACUAAGGGGAGUUUUGUAGGUACAUACAAGUACUGCUGUUUCUCUCUGCUGUUGUUGAUUAGGGAAGAAGGGUGUUUCCACAGCUGGCAAUCAGAAUUAAAUAUACAAGAACUAUACUGUAUUUUGUGACAUUUUCAAACAUGUUUCCUCAAUAGCAAGGCAGCCUGUGCAUGGUCCUCGUGUCAAGCUUCUCACUGUUCUGCCGGACUCAGACUGUGAUCACCUUGCGGAGCUUGAUGCCUAAAGAGUCGCAAUCCUUUACUCUACAGUUAUUCUUAAUUUUUCCAGCAUAUAAAUUUGCAAAUGUCACAAAUUUUUCAAGUUUGUCAUCAUCUCAUGUAAUGCCUUAGAAUUGCACCAAAGAAUAGAUUAAAAUUUCCUUUUUAUGGAAAUUGCUGUGGUGUGCAAAUAUAAGUGACUCAUCCUUUUUAUGCUCAAGUUGUGAGGUGUGUGGCCGGUGGUGUCACUGUGUCUCUGCUGUGCCUGGAGUGGCGGUAAGGGCAGGCCUGGCCAGGGCGGUGCGGGGAGUGUGAGGGUGUCCACCCUGGCCGCCGCCGCAGACAACACACAAGGGGAGCCAGACAUGCUCAUGUCAGCAAACCUGCACAAUUUAUUUUAUGUAAUAUACAGGUGAUUCGUUGUAUUAUGGCCUACAGUAUAUUCUGGGUACGUGCGUGUCCUAGCGGUCACAAAGGUCAGUGCUUGGGGGCAGUCAAUGGCCAGGUCCACACCCUAAUUAGACAGGAGUCUAAACAGUAAAAUUUAGGACCAUAAGUAGACUUUAUCAAUGAGUAACUUUUGUUUUGUUUUUUUAAUUUUAUAUUUUUAAUAAUUUAAUAUUUUAUGUACAAUGCAUUGGAAAUGAAAAGACUUUGAAAUUAAAAAGUUCAGUUCCCAAGUGGCUUUUAUUGGCAUUGUUUGCACUUGAACUCAGAAUCAUGAAUUGGUCUUAAUUUUGUAAGUUUGUUAUUCUUUUAUGUUAUUUAUUUCCCUAACCCCCAGGGGGUAACCUAUCAUGUCAACCCUCGUCUACUUAACAGUCUACUUCAGCUCUAACUAACAGUGUGAAAGGCAUUGCAGCCCGCUGGUCCUCCUCCCCUGCACCACUGCUCUAGUGUCUCCCUAGCUUGUCCACAACUCUUGAUUCACUGCUUGGAAACGGGCGCUCAUUCCCAGUGCGUGUGUCUGUCUGUUACGGCUUCACUGCAGUGGUCCUUUGUAAAUUUGUAUAUCUUUGUAUAGACUUCAUGUGAUUCUGUUUCCAUUUAUGUACUUGCAUAACACUUGUCUUAUUAAAUGUAAGGAAAUGGUGUGGGAAGCAACCAUUUUGUCUGUGUACAUCAUGCAAGGGGUUGGCAAUAUUUUGAUAUGCAAUAUUUGUAAGGCAAAUGUUAUUGGCUGAAACUGUUCAGUAUACCACAAAUUGCAUGCAAAAACUUCAGACUAAAAUGCUUCAUGAAAAGCCAUCUUUGGAGUUUAAUAUUACUCACUGUAAACAUUUUAAACUUGUCUGAUGGAUUGGUGCCAGUGAAGGUUAGGUGAAGGUAUCAGCCACAGCCACUAAAAUCUUAUCAGUUUUCUUUCUCACAAGAACAUUUGCUCUACAAGCCCACACACCGACUGCUGUACACAACCCCAACCAACUUGCCCUUAAUGUCAUUUCUGAUUGAUUCAUUCUUGUGAGCUUGGCUGUUCAUGGGUGCCAGAUGAACUAAGCUUGCUGAGGAGGAAUCGUAUCAGUCCAGUGAUCAUGCUGCGUUGCUAGUGUGUGUGUGUGUGUGUGUGUGUGUGUGUGUGUGUGUGUGUAAGAGAGAGAGAGAGAGAGAGAGAGAGAGAGAGAGACCACCUAGAUGAUAAUGGCCUUGUGAAUUCAAAAUUAAUUGUACAAUAUUAGGAAGUAACUACUGUCAUUUUGUGAAGAAGGCUAUAUUUUCCCUUCUCCUAGAUAUUUAUAUAUAACAGUAAAUAAGUCAUGAGCUUUGAAUGGAGGUGGAAAUCAUGGUGCAGUUACAUGUUUUAUCAACUGAAGAAAAUGUUGGGAGGCAAUUCAGUUAACCUGAAAGACAUUAAGUGAUUAUUUAUUUAUCAAAGAAAUGAAACUGACUAGCUGGAAGGAGAGAGCUGGGUUAGGUGUGGUAACACUUCAAUAUACUGCAGUAACAUUAAGAUUACAUUUAGGCUUAACCUUUAUUGCAAAAGAAAACAAACUGGGAAAUGUGCAAUUGUUCCACCGACAGUAUAAUUUGUUCAAAACAGUGUAUAAAAUUAAGUUGAACAACAAGCUGGCAAUGUUUGGGUAUCAGUGACUUAAAAAAUAACAACAGUGUAUGGUGGAUGUUCACUUUUGUGUGCCAUGGUCUUUAUUGUAAGUAGUAAUGCAACUGCUACACAAGAGAGAGAGAGAGAGAGAGAGAGAGAGAGAGAGAGAGAGAGAGAGAGAGAGAGAGAGAGAGAGAAUGUAAUAUGUAGCAGUGAGUUACUACUUAGAACAGACAGACACACCAGUUAUUGUUGAGGCUGAGUAUUGUUCUGGAAUUGUUGCUGCCUAACACAAUCAAUAGCACUGUAGCAAUGCAUGAUGACAGUAUUAGCAUGUGAUGUCUGCUGGGACUUGCACAUUUCUUCACUAACAUCCCAAAAAUGUUGGUCAGGUUUUGUAUAUUUUUUUAACCGCAGAACUUUUGCAUGUAUUCCAUGUGUCAGGAAGCUAGUGUGUCCCAGCAUUAGCCAACAGGAGGUUAAAUAUAAGAGGUAUUUCAUUUGUAGUGCUCUAUCUAGUUAGCUUUUGUGGCAGCAAGAUCGAUAUUUUUAUUGGAUUUAAUAUUUUCAGAUAAUUGUGGUCAUGAAGUAAUAUAAGUCUGAGCAGUUUAAUAUUUCCAAGUAAUUAUGCCACAAAAUGUUUAGCACUGUUAGGGAGGUGAAAGUAUUGCAAAGCUGUGACGUCACAAGCAUCCAGAAAUCAGAUUUAUGUGCCGCUAAAUUUAUACUUUAUAGUUCCAGUGAUGUGUCUUACAUGUGUGUAGGUGUGUGCGUCCUCCAGAGGUGCUGGUGCACGUCCAGUGCCCCAACUCAAGUGUUUGCGACCACAGAGUCUCACAGACUGGCUUAGCCCCUCACACAAUGCCCAUAGUUUAGGCCCAAGAUUACCCAACUUUCACACCACAAUAGCUUUCACAAGUCACUGUGAAAGACCAGUAAAUAAUAGUGGGACGUCAGUUGGCCCCGUCCACUACUCCUACAGCAUCACACUUGAGUUCAGGGGAGAGCUGGGUGCACACAUCACAGAGGUUAAUGGAUUGAAACUUUGCCAAGUGUCAGCUGCAGAUGUGUGUAAAAGUGCCUAUGGCAUUUGCUUUUGGUCUCUUGAGGGAAGUGUUUCUAGUGAUUCUUCUGAAAGGAUAACCUCUGUCUGUCCAACUCCUCAAUUUAGGUACAGGUAUGUUCUCUGGAUUAACUAUAAGGUUAUCCAGCCAUUCAUAGCUCGGUUCUUUGUUUUGAGAGCAACGAUCAUGUCCAUAAUUUAAGGGUGCACUGACCAGCAAGGCAUUUACCAUACACACUAACUGGUUAUGCUUAAUUUACUGAAGAAUGUACUUUUGCUUUGCAGGUCUCUUGAAUAUUAAUGUUUAAUGAUUGAGCUAAGACAGGAAAGGUAAUUUCAAAGUCUCAUUGGGCACUUUCUUAAACUGAGCUAAUUGAUAUUAUAGGCUUAAGUUGGUAUGAUAUAAGAUAAAGCUAAUGAAAGGUGGUUUUUGUAUGAAGUGAAGCUUUCAAAGGCAACAAUGUCCCAUCCUCCUGUAACUACUAAGUCAUGAUUAUUUUUGUUAAGAUUGUGGUUAAGCUUCUGCCUCUCCGCUGGGCCUCAGGUUGAAUGUUGGAAGAAGUUUAGAUGCAGAGAAAAAAAUUCAGAUGUAGUAUGAAUAUUUUGAUAUAUUUUAUAUGCAUAUAAUAACUUGACUAACAUUCUCUUGAUUUUCUAUGGUUUAUCAGUAAUAUUGUUCAGUAUUAUAUAUAUCAUAGCAACCCUAUUUGCAGGUUUCCUUUAUACAUAAACGAAUCGUGAAUGAUCCCUUCAGCUUACUGGACUGACACUGAAUUGUGGUGUGUAUACUCUUAGGCUAAAACCAUCUCCAUGAAGCUCAAAAUAAUCUCUCACAAUAUUGGCUUCAAAACACUUCAUCGAUAGUCACAACUGGCACGGUGGCAGUGACCCGUCAUGCCUUCAUGCCUACCUGCCUGUGUUGCUGCCUCACUCACUCACAAGCAAAGGUGGAAUUCUAUCCAAGCUACAAUAAAAAAUAAAUUGUAACCUUUGGAGAAAGGUUUAUGCGUGACUUGACAUCACAAUUUGUGUUGCUGUAGUACAUAAUGUUAGGAUGGCAUGAUACUCACAUGGGAAGGAAGGUUAGUAUAUAUAUUUUGAGUCUCUGUGAAUAUAUAAUCCUAUCCUAAACACUUAUGAGUACUGAAGAGUGAACAGUUAUUUAUUCCCUUCCGUUGAGAGCAUGAAGCGUGGUGUGAUGGAAAGUGUCCUGCUUGACGGAUGAGUGAGGACAAGGAACUGUCAUGUAUUCACAAGAAGACAACCACGAUGCAAUGAAAGAAGUGACAUACUGCAGGAAGUCAAGUGCCCUGUGUUUUCUACAAAGAUGUUUUAGCUUUUCUAUCAUUACAUUACGUGUGGGGAGGAGGUGUUGCUGGAGCAUGUCACUAAGAAUGUUGAAAUGACAUUCUCUCCAAGGAGAAUUCUCAAUAUACUUGACUUUUCUUGAUUAUCAAAUAUACUUGACUUUUCUUGAUUAUCAUUUUUUUCCACUAUUACUGUUAAUGUGACAUGUGGACCAUAUUGUCUUUACAGAGUCUGGGUUGAAAUGGUUUACUUACUUGUGAUAAUGAUACUGUAAUUUCUUUAGUCGACAUGAUUCAAUUUGAUAGCCACAAGCUAGACCAUCACUGUAGCAACAGUACUAAGUAUCAAACUGCAAGUUAGUGAAAGGUAUUUACAAGUUACCUUAUCCAACAAAUACUAGGUCAAAAGAAGUACACUUAGGUAACUUGUAUGCAUGUUCGUAAUGAAAAGUUUUGAAAAUA